ACAGUAAAUUGGGUUUCAAACCCAGAGUCCAGAGCGGCGGCGGCGAGUAAAAUCGUUACCCUUCCCCCUUCCGUUCCGUGGGAGAUGGAGAAGACGAACGAGGUGUUGAUGAGGGAGGCCCUCGGGAAGAGAAACUCCCGUGAUCCUGAGGUAGAAUCCCACCAGAUCCUGGCACAUGAAUUCGAGGACAAGCAGAUCCUUGCACGUAUAGCUAGUGACGAAGCGUUUUGGGAUAGUUUGGAGCAAUCUUACGCGGCACGGCCAGUGAGGAGGGACACGGAGCAUGCGGAAACGAAAGCGUCUAGGAGGAAGGUGGAUCUGGCGACGGCAUCCCAGAAGGAGGCGGCGGCUGCCUGGUCGGAGGAUGAUGAGGACGACGACGACCCGGACCGUGAGGCUCUCCGAUUCCGCAAAAGAUGGAACUACCUGUGGUCCGGAAAUUUCGGUUCCUUCGAGGAUACCACUCUUAUACCCCCUAUGCGCUUUACCGAUGACCCUCCGGUUGGAAGACUCUACCCCUGCCAUACUCUACAGAUAUUUUCAGCCAAGAUUGCAGGAAUAGGAGGCUUCCAGUGGCCUCUCGACGUGUUUGGUCUGGUUGCCAUACGCGACUCAGUUGAUCAAAAUCGGAAUAUUAUCUUCCAACGCUCAAGGGAUGACUGCCAAACCAUCACUGGGAAGGAUCCAUAUUUAGUGCUCACAGGUCCUACCCGUGCUGUGCUGUUGUGGGAUCCUGUGACCAUCGAGGUUUACCUAAAAGUGAAGGGCCCUUCUGAACUCGAGGAUAAAACCUUAUGCUUCCAUGCUGAGGUAAUACAAUGCUUCACUAGGGUAAAUUCAUGCCUGCUCCAUCGAACUUGGACUAGCAAGUUUAGCACACUGGAGCUUACACUUGGGCAUAUUAAUUUCUCUGUUGAGGCCACAAUAUCUGUUCGAGUUGUUGAUGGCUCAUGGCAAGAUGGUUUCACGGCCAGUUUGCUGCCUGUAUGGUCAGUUCUGAUUGUGAAGAUAAAGUGCUUGCUAUUGGUGGUAACACCAGUGUUAAUGACAAGGAAAUUGUCCUGCUUAGUUUUGGAGAUGAGAAGCCUGCCAUGGUUGAUGGUGUGAUAGAGCUUUCUCGUCGUGUUGUUUCUGUUGAAGUUAAAAGCAAACUGAAAGUUUCUGUCAAUGCAUGGCAAGAUGAUAACAAUAUUGUGAAAACUUGGGAGGAAUUCAGUGCUAAGGAAACAGGUAGAAGCUUUGGUACGCUUGACAUUGGGUUUUGUAAAAUGGACGUUAUUGUGGCCUGGUCACUGGUGUCGAGUCAUCCGGAACUUCGGUGUUUCUGAUGUGAAAUGGUAUUUCCAUAAUUUUCAAAAUGGUGGAGCAUUAGCUAUUGCAUCUGAAGUGGUAUUAUGUAUUGUAGCCUUGUAGGUGUUGCGUUUGAAGUGCUACUUAUGUAUUUUAGGUGUCGAGUCUGAAGUGGUACUGUGUACUGAAAUAAGAUAUAAUGAUGUUGGCUUCUUGUGAUUCUGUGUGGGCAAAGCUGGAUGUUUCUUUAUGUACAAGUAUUUUUCUGCAAACAUGAUAAUAGACUGCAUCACUACAUCUCUGUA